GGAGAGCAGAACCCGAGGACAGGGAGGGGCGACCUGGCGGACUGCGACUCCCAGCGUGCGCCGCGUCAAGCAAGCGCGAGCACGCCGGGAGCGGCGCGGUUGCCUAGCGACGGUGGGCCAUGGCGGCGGCUGGGCAGUCGUCGGGGGAGCGGCCGCCUCGGCCUCGUAGCGCCGCCCCCCUCCUGGCCCGCGAGGAGGAGUACAGGCGCCUGAACGCGGCCCUGGAGACGGAGGCGGCGGCGGUGAUGCGCCAAGCGGAGGAGCUGAUGAGGGACCGACGGGAAGCCCUGGCCAGGCCCGUCUCUGCCCGCGGGGACGCGCUGGAGGCGGCGGCGGCGACCAAGGAGAGGGACGUCAGUUCUCCCGAACCGUCAGUUCCUGUUGCCCAGAACAAGCAGCUACCCAAGAAGAAAGCCAGCGCGGCCCCUACAAUUCGAAGUCGGCCACUGACUGGAAGGAAGGGGAAAAGACCUCUCUUAAGUACAAAAUCAAGAUUACAGGUUGACCAAAGCAAUACUGAUGUUGCUGCUUCAGGGUGCUCCCUGACAAAACUAAUUGGGAGAAUUGAAGGGCAGCUGGAAGAAGGAAACCUGCCUGAUCUGGAAGAUAAUCUUAUCCCAAGUACAGGAUGUGAACUUGGAGCAGAGGCCCAGAUCCGGUUCCUGAAGGCAAAGCUGCGUGUGAUGCAGGAGGAGCUGGAUGCCAUUGGGCAAGAAUGUAGCAAGAAGGAUGAGGAGAAUGAAAAUUUCAGCAGCCGUCUUAAGGAGGUUGAAGAAGAACGUGGCCGGCUGCAACGCGCAGCCAGCCUACACCAGUCUCAGGCAGAAAAGUACAAACUGCUGUCAGAGGAAGCCACCCGAAAAAGUGAGGGUCUGCAGCAGAAACUCUCCAUGCUAGAAAAGGAACUGGAGAAUCUGAAGCGAGCACAAAAACAAGCUGCGGCAACCCAGAGCACGACAGACAUUCGCUUGAACCGAGCUCUUGAGGAAGCUGAGAAAUACAAAAUGGAGCUGAAUAAACUGAAGCAAAUUAACAAGGAUGUGGUCAACCAAGAGCAUAAAAAACUUGAAGAACUAAAAAUUGAAAAUAAGAGACUGGAGAAACAAAAAGAAGAACUAGUGGCAGGUUUCAAGAAGCAAUUAAAACUUAUUGACAUUUUAAAAAGACAAAAGAUGCACAUUGAAUCUGCCAAGAUGCUUUCUUUUACUGAAGAGGAAUUCAUUAAGGCUCUGGAGUGGGGCAACCCUUAAUUCAAUACACAGCAUCAACCCCCUACAGAACAUGUGGGGUAUUUUCAGAAGAGUGAAAUUGAACCACACUUUUUUCUGGGGGGAAAAGGCAGAGUAUAAGCUUUACACUGUUUGCUUCUUCCCAUCAAUGUUUUUGCUAAUAAGCUCUUUUUCUCAUUCUCCAUCACUAAGCAGGGUUAAUCUAACCCUUUGUCAAUUCUUUUGAUAGCUGUCAUUAAACUUCUAGACUAUAAAAA